CCCGCCAUGGUGUCCAUGGGGCUCCAGCUGCUGGGCUACACCGUGGCCUUCCUGGGCUACAUCGGCACGCUGACGGCCACGCUGCUGCCCAGCUGGAAGAUCAGCUCCUACAUCGGCUCCAGCAUCGUGACAGCCAUCAGCUUCACCAAGGGGCUGUGGAUGGAGUGCGCCACGUACAGCACGGGCAUCACCCAGUGCGACAUCUACAGCUCCCUGCUCAACCUGCCCGCCGACAUCCAGGCGGCCCAAGCCCUCAUGGUGAGCUCCUGCGCCGUGUCCUCCCUCGCCUGCCUGCUCUCUGUCGUGGGCAUGAGGUGCACCGUGUUCAGCCAGGGCUCUCCGGGCAAGGACCGGGUGGCGGUGGCGGGCGGCGUAGGCUUCGUGCUCGGGGGGCUGCUCUGCUUCAUCCCGCUGGUGUGGAACAUCCACGUGGUGCUGCGGGAUUUCCGCAACCCCGUCCUCCCCGACAGCAUGAAGUUCGAGCUCGGGGAGGCGCUUUACCUGGGCAUCAUCUCCUCCCUCCUCUCCCUCAUCGGCGGUUUCAUCCUCUGCGCCUCCUGCCCUGCCCGGGACACGACGGCCGCCUACUCCAGCGCCUACCAGCCCCAGCUGCUGGCGAGCAAGAGCUCCCGGCCCUCUGUCAGCCAGGUGCAGAAGACCAAGAGUGAAGUCAAUUCCUACAACCUGACGGGAUACGUGUAG